AUUCAUGAAGCAUCGGAAACUCAGAAAAUGCGCCUAGGAAACUCGGAGAAACGAGUUGUGUGCAUUUACGUGCUAUGAACAAACUGCGUCAACCAUGAACGAUAAAAGUAGCCUACAGUUAAACAAAUGAUAGUUUCGCAACACGAGGAAACCAGAGUUUCCCCAUUUUUUAUUACGAGUUGGAGGGCCAUUCAAAUAGAUUUUCUUUGCAUUCGGAAGCUCGUAUUUCCGACAUAUCAUGAACGCGGUUUCAUCGUAAUAACGACUCCUCUCCGGCUUGCCUUUAUCAGACCACCGACGUCACCGUCGCGUCAAACACCGGUAGAUGCGAAUUGCAAACGUACAACCAGAAUCUCAAACCCAUCGGUCGCAGGUAGAGAAAAAAGAAACCCACUUCAACCUAGACGUUCCUAUUAUGGCUUCCCGGUCUUGGUUUAUCGCUGGUAGCGCUCUCCUCCUCUCUUUUCGGCUGGCAUUCGGGUCGAAGGGACCACAUCCAUGCACAGAGACAGACUACUACUAUGAAUAUACAGAGUGUGACAGUACAGGGUCGCGAUGGCGAGUAGCAAUCCCUCAGAGCCAUGGAUCCUGCAUCGGACUGCCCGAGCCUGUGCGAGGGACAGAGUGCACAUUUUCCUGUGAGGUGGGGGAGUUUCUGGAGAUGUCUGCCCAGGAGUGUACUCAGUGUGCAGCAGGUACCUACUCUCUGGGCAGCGGUAUUCGAUUUGAUGACUGGGAAACCAUCCCCAGCGGGUUCAGCUCCCUAGCAACUUACCUCGACAAUGGUCCCCAUGGAGACGACAGCACUACCUGCAACAGUUCGACGUGGUUUCCGCAGGGUAGUUACCUGGAGUCUAACAGAGAUGAGUGUACUGUCUCUCUGAUCUAUGCUGUCCAUCUGAAGAAACCGGGAUCAGUCUCUUUUGACUACCAGUACCCAGACGGCAACCUCUUCUUCGAGUUCUUUAUCCAGAAUGACCAGUGUCAGGAGAUGGACCAGACUGCUGAUAAGAAGUGGCUCAAGCUUACCAGUCACGGGGAGUGGGCCACACACACUGUGAAUCUGAAGUCGGGCACUAACAUCUUGUACUGGAGGACAGCAGGGAUCCUGAUUGGAGCUAAAGUAGUCAAACCUAUUCUGCUGAAGAACGUCCACAUAGAGGGAGUGGCGUAUGCGUCAGAGUGUUUCCCGUGUAAACCAGGGACGUUCAGUCAAACCCCAGGCUCCUCCUCAUGUCAGCCCUGUCCCAGAGACACCCACUCUGGCCACGGAGCCAGCUCCUGUACCCACUGCAACACCACCACACUCUAUGCACGUAGGCUCACAGGAACGUGUGAGUCGUGUCCUGCGGGUACUGAGCCUGCUGUAGGUUAUCAGUAUAAGUGGUGGAACGUCCUUCCAGCCAGCAUGAAGACAUCCUGCUUCAAUGUGGGAAACUCCAAGUGUGACGGCAUGAAUGGUUGGGAGGUGGCGGGGGAUCAUAUCCGUAGUGGAGCAGGGGGCUCUGAUAACGACUACCUCAUCCUCAACCUCCAUGUACCUGGCUUUAAGCCUCCUACAUCAGCAACAGGUGGUGCAGGGACAGAGUUUGGCCGUAUCAGCUUUGAGUUUGAGAUGGUGUGUUCAGCUGACUGUGAGCUGUACUUUAUGAUGGAUGUAAACAGGAAGAGUACGAGGGUGGUGGCGUCAUGGGAGGGCAGUAAGGUCAGACAGUCCUACACACACAUUAUGACCAAGAACGCCUCUGUGUCAUAUACCUGGGCCUUCCAGAGGACCAACCAGGCCUCUGACGUGCGUCAGAAUGUGAACAACGUGGUGCGUAUCUACUCCAUCUCGGUGAGUAACGCUGUAGACGGUGUGUCGUCGGAGUGUCAGACCUGUGCCCUCCUCUCCCAGCCCUCCGGCUCGCUGUGUGUGCCCUGCCCUCCAGGACAUUACAUACACACCAGCCAGUGCACCGAGUGCCCCCCCAACACACACCUCACCUCACACAGCACCCUGGGCCCAGAGGCCUGCAAACCCUGUGGACCAUCCAGCAAGAGCAACAAGGAGCACAGCAGGUGCUACAGUGACUGUGUGUUCUCCUACUCUGAGAACAACGUGUCUCUGAGUUAUGACUACAGUUCCCUGGGCUCUGUUGGAACACUGAUGAACGGACCCAGUUUUACCACCAAAGGAACCAAAUACUACCACCUUUUCAACAUCAGCCUCUGUGGAGAAGAGGGUAGAAGGGCUGUGUGUACAGACAACGUGACUGACCUUUCCAGCGCCGAUUCUCAGAAAGAGGCAGGGGAACCAGCCAAUGCGGUGGAGACUUUAAUCUGUCAAUCAACCAUUAUCCCCUCCAGUGGGCGGGGCUUCCACACAGCACUAUCCUCUCAGUCCAUCAGCCUAGCAGACACCUUCCUGGGAGCGACAGUGGCCUUGACUCUGGAUGGAGUCAAGGCAAGACCAGACCUGUUCCCACAGACCACCAACAAAGUCCCUGACGUCAACUUCUUCUACCGUUCUCUGGAGGUGACCUCGUCAUGUGAUAAAGGUCGUAACGUGGUGGUGACGCUUCGCUGUAACCCGGAUAGAAGCACACAAGGAGAACUCACAGUACCCAGUCAGUGUCCGGCGGGGACGUGUGAUGGCUGUACCUUCCACUUCCUGUGGGAGAGCUCGGGGGCGUGUCCUCAGUGCACAUCCACAAACUACCACCAGAUAGAGGGAGCCUGCAAGGGAGGACUACAGGACACUCUGUAUGUGUGGACUGAGCCAAAGCGGUGUGUAGGAGGGGUGUCCCUCCCGGAGAAGAAGACCUGGCCGUGUGAGAGCAUGGACUUCUUGGUAAAGAUGGGGGCGACGAUAGGCGCCUUCACCGCCGCACUGCUCUUCUCCAUCACCUGCUAUUUCUGGAAGAAGAACAAGAGGCUGGAGUUUAAGUACUCGAAGCUGGUAAUGUCGUCCAAUAAGGAGUGUGAACUGCCGGGGGCAGACAGCUGUGCCGUGAUGGAGGGAGAGGAGAACGAKGGAGAGAUGGAGGAUGAGGUGAUCUACUCCAAAAAAACAUCCCUGAUACGCAAACUCAAAGCCAUCGCAUCUAGGGGAAACGGGAGAAGCUAUGAAAAUGUCCAGUUGAACUCCUCACAGUCAAACGGGUUGGUGUGGGGGUGAAGAAAGAGGAGAGAGACCAACCCCCCCUCCCACCCAGAGAGACUUCUUCAACAUAUCUCCAUGUUGAGGGUUUGAACCCUUAACACACACACUCAGAACAUAUAGACACAUGCAGAGUACACACACCCAGAAUGCAUGCUCACCGACACAAACACAUGUGAGAGGACAUUACACCCAUCUGGCCUUAUCCCUGGAAUGGUGUGUGUGUAUGGGUGGAUUGCUGGAAUAUGGGCGGUGUGAUUUAAAAGUGCGUGUAUGGUUGGGUAUACGGGUGGUGUGUCGGGUCUGCUUAGGUAAAGAAGAGGACCUAUAUGUGGGAUGUUUUUAGUGCUGUUUUCCGUCACUCUGUUGUCAGGUUGCUUUGGCGGCCAUGUUGUUUUCCCUCAGGUGUUUUGUCCUCUGAGACCAACCUCACAUCAACCCUUAGGCUCCUUCUCAAUAAGAGGAAAGAAAUGGUGUUCCAUAGUGCCCUCUGAAAGGCUGGGUGGGAUUUUUGGAUGUUGGCACCUGUCCAAUCCUUUGAGAUCUACAGAAGUCCACACAUAGCCCUAAAUACCCGGCACACACACACACACCCUAUUACAGUCUCAUCUUAGUCUGACCUGCACCACCCUUUACCCAUUUGUUCUGUCUGUAGGCUUUGGGUUACCAUGGUGAUGGUGGAAUGUCCUUCACUCUCUUAGUCCAAUCAGGAGUGGCGAUGUUACAUUAUCCAUAUGAUGAUACGAUAUGAUGCUGACUGCCUUUCUGUUAUUUAAAGUGAAAUAAACUAUAUUGUAUUUGUGUACACUUUCAA